AGCGCCAUUUCAGUUGCGAAGAAGCUUUCAUGACAGAAGCUCGCGUGAAAUUGACCAAAGAGUCUACAGGAUUUCGCGCCAAUUCUAAAUUUAAAAACAGCAGCAGGGUUUUAUACCGGCCAGUGUGUGGUUUUUGAACUUGUCGAAAAAGUUAAUUUAAUUUUCUUGUAGUUUUAGAACUUUAAGCGACUCAGGAAAGUUUACGAAAGUUUGUCGAAACGGCUCUUUACCACCGAAUCAACCUGAUGUUGCCGUCAUAACCACUUACAGUCCCCGCUGCCAUGUCGAACCAGACGCUCCUCGACAUCUUCCUCCUCUGGACCGCAGCCAACAAGAGCAUGAGCAAGCAGGAGCUACUCCUGAUGCUGAAAGAGCAUUCCCUGAAGGAUGGAGGCCGCGAGGACCUGGAGUCGGUCCUGGAGGUGGCCAUCAAGGACGCCCAGAGCACCCUGAACUUGACCUUGAAGACUGACACGUGCGGGUUCUGUGACGGGGACUUCCGGGAGGUCAUGAUGGCGUAUAACAGGAUACAUGGAUACGUCAGCCUCGUGGUGUGCACAGUGGGCAUCCUGGCGAAUGCCCUGAACGUGGCGGUGCUGACGCGGCGCGAGCUGGCGGCGGCGCCCAUCAACCGCCUGCUGAAGUGGCUGGCCGUGGCCGACGUCUUCGUGAUGCUGGAGUACGUGCCCUUCGUCGUCUACCGGUAUCUGGUGUUGCCCGAGACGCUGGACUUCCCCUACUCGUGGGCGGUGUAUCUGCUGUUUCACAUGCACUUCGCACAGAUCAUGCACACCGCAUCUAUCUGUCUCACUCUCUCACUGGCCAUCUGGAGAUACAUCGCUAUCAAGUACUCGGACAAGAGCCACAUCCUGUGCACGGAGCGGCGCUGCAGCAUCGCCAUCGUGCUCAGCUUCAUGCUGCCUCCCAUCCUGUGCAUACCUACCUUUAUGGUAUUCGACAUCCACACGAAGCCGGUGUCGGACAGCAGCGGCCACGGCAUCGCGUACCACAUCGACGCGGACAAGCAGGGCCGCCUCUACCAGGCCAACUUCUGGGUGCACGCCGUGCUCAUCAAGCUGCUGCCCUGCUCCAUCCUCACCGUCAUCAUCGUGUGGCUCAUCCGCGCGCUCUACAGCGCCAACCGACACCAGAAGAACUUGAGGAACUACAGCGCCUGCCCCUCCGCCGAGAAGACUGUCCAGCGCCAGCACAAGGCUGAUAAACGAACCGACAGGACCACUAAAAUGCUGCUGGCUGUCCUGCUACUGUUCCUAGUGACAGAGGUGCCUCAGGGCAUUUUAGGGCUCAUGAGCGGUCUGCUCGGCUGGUGCUUCUUCAAGCGGUGCUACGAUUUGUUCGGGGAGUUGAUGGACUUCCUGGCGCUGGUGAACGGGGCGAUCAACUUCGUGCUGUACUGCUCGAUGUCGCGGCAGUUCCGGCAGACGUUCCGCCAGAUGGCGCUGCGGCCGCGCGCUCCACGCCGCGCCGAGCCCGACGAGUCACACCACCAGCAGACCAGGUUCACGGAAAAAGUAAAAAGAUAACUGCAGCCCCAUUCAAUUGUGGGAAGAAGAAUAACGCAAAUAGAUUAAAGUCUUCGGUAAUGUGAGGAAGAGCCAUCGCAGCGAAAACCCUGAAACUUGAAGAACAUAAAGUUUAGUCAUGAACUGUGAAUUUGAACAAGUGAUAAUCUCUACUGUAGAUAAUAGUGUGUUUAAAUGACUGUGUGUGAACUAUUACCGAGUUCUAUAAAAUAAGUAAUAAACCUA